GAAGCCUCUGAAAUGGGAGACAGCGGAGAAUGCAAGUUGGUGUUGGUUGUAAGGAAUGAUUUAAAAAUGGGUAAAGGCAAAGUGGCAGCUCAAUGUUCACAUGCAGCUGUCAUGGCCAAUGAAUAUUUGAUGUUGAACUUUCCAGAAUUAUACAAAGAAUAUAAAUACAAUGGACAACCAAAAGUUGUUGUCAAGUGUGACAGUGAAGAAGAAUUGCUGAGGUUAGCUGCCCAGGCAAGGUUGUUACGUUUACCAGUCAGUAUGGUACGAGAUGCUGGCAGAACACAAAUUGCUCCCGGCAGUAAAACAGUUGUUGGCAUAGGACCAGGUCCGUUGGAUUUAGUUAAUAAAGUGACUGGGCAUUUAAAAUUGUAUUAA